AUGGAGGAAGAUGCAGCAAUACAAAAGGAUAGUGCAGAGCUCGAAGGACUUGGUCUCCACCGCUCUGGUGGAUUGCUCAACGCAGCAAAGGAUUAUCAAGAUCCAGACUCGAUUUUAUGCUUAACAAAUCAUGGCGGGACGAUCGGAAAUCCCGGAGAUCUUGUCAUAGAGGGCUUAGGAGCAGGUGGUGGUGAUGGAAACUUUGCUUUUAUCAGCAAUCUCUUCAACUUGCGUCAAUUAGCCAGUGGUUGGUGUACUUUGCGGUUUACAUGGGAGACACAAGCCCACAAGCUUGGGAAGGCAGCCCAUGAAGGAGCAGCAACUCUCCAGCACAAUUUGGCUUCUGCUGUUUAUGAAGAACUGUUGUUCGGUCCACUUUCUUGCGAAGUUACUGAGUUCAACAAUAUGCAGAUGAUUCGUGGCAUCUUCGCGCAUAUGUAUAACCUUUUCUAG